UGCAGCUGCCAUUUCCUUAAACAUUCACGGCAAAUGGUACAACUAAAAGAAGACAAGCAAAUAAAAGUAACCGUGAAUAGAAAUAAGAGCUUGCCGACUUUCAUCCAUUCCAUCAAUUAGCCUAAUGUCUAGAAGAAAGAUUCCAGAAGAUACAGACCAUCCUGAAAUUCCUGAUGGAGCCCAUUUUAAAAGUUCCUUGAAGGAAUUUCAGAAACUUGUUGACAAAAUAGUAGCUCAGAAGAGGGAGGAAAGACUAGGGUUGGAAACCAAAGAUGCCGAGGAAAUGGAUUAUGAUAAAUUCUGUGCUGCAGUCCAGGCUCUGUUUGGUCCUGAAGUGAAGCCUCAAGAUGUUAAAACCUUCUAUAGAAAGAUCAGUAACAACCCAGAUGGUCGGACAGAAUGGUGUGAGAUCUUUGGCUAUUUUAUAGUGGAAGGUGAUGCUCUUGCUGCCCAACUUGAUGAAGAAAACAUGGUUUUCCUGGUAUCCAAAAAACAGCGAAUUACAAAAGCAGGAGUCAAGAGACGUGAUGUGAUAAAAUGCAUGGUAAAGAUAUCACAACUGGAUUUCUUGGUAACAGCAUCUCAGAAAGGAACACUAACUAUUUUUACCAGCCAGAUGAGAGUGAUGACAACCACCAGCAUUCCAGAUAGUCCAUGGAUCAAUGGAUGCGAUUACCUAUAUCAGCUCAAGCGUGUUGUGGCUGUGACUGAAAGAAGCAUCAUCAUCUGGGAUUACAAAUCACAAGGGAGUAUUCUGGAUACUUGUUUUAUCAUCAAGCCCAUGGAACACUGUAUGCUCUGCAUUUGUUCAGUUUACCAUCCAACAGAACAGCUGGUGAAGGAUGAUGUCUUAAUGGGAGAUGAUGCAGGACAUGUCAACUUGUUUACCUUGACUAGUGAUGACUUUGGGCUAAAACAAUCUAAGUCUAAAAAGAAAGCACACAUCCAAGUUUUAGACUCUAAGAAAUUCAGGCAUAUUAAACGCAAGCUGCAUGAUGACUGGGUUGUGAAAGUUAAAUAUAUUCCAGCUUUGAAUUGUUUUGGCUCUUGCUCUUUGGACAGCAUCCAUUCACUCGUUUUGGAUGACCUGAAAAGACUGGAGGACAACCUACCUGUCAGGGACUUUUCAGUACCAAAAGGAGUCAAUGCUUUCACAUACUGUGGAAAAGCCAACAUCAUUGUUACUGGGGGAGAGGACAAAGUCCUUCGUCUGUGGCAUCCAAACAUCAACACCAAGCCAGUGGGGAAGCUGAUGGGGCACUUAUUUAGUAUUAUGGAGAUUGUCACCAAUGAAAAAGAUCAACACAUUAUUAGUCUUUCCACUGGGAAGAUUUUCAGAGUAUGGGAUAUCCAUACGCUUUCACUGAUGCAGAUAUUCCAUGAUACUCAAGCAGGACCCAGGGAUGCACAGAUCUUUGCUAUGGUAUUUGACAAUAACCAUGGCAUACUCAUUACAGGAUCAGCUGUCAUUGAUAUUUAUCCUCUAACACGGAUGAUACAAGACACAAAGCAGGUCCCUCAGACACAUGAAAGGAACAUCAAUGUGCUGUUAUACAAUAGGGCAUUUCACCAAGUUCUUACAAUCUGUUCUGAGUCCAUUGUAAGAAUCUGGGAACUGGAAUCGGGGCAACUAAUAUACCAGAUUGAGGACGCCCAUGGGCCUGGCGUUGAGUUGACAUGUGCGACAAUUGAUAAAAAUGGAUUUCACCUUGCCACUGGAGCAUGCGAUGGGACUGUGAAAACAUGGGACUUUGGCAGUGGACAACAACUGAAAGUGUUGCCUGUAUCCAAGGAAAGCUGUGACAAUGAACACUGGCUGAUUCAGAUGAUUUACUUGAAGGCUAGUGAGAGCAAACAUGUGAUCUUGGUCUUGGAAUACAGUGGGACAAUCAAAAUUGUUCAGGUUAAUGAAGGUGAACCUUAUCUAUGUAUUACCUGGAGUCUUCCUGAAGCCCUAUCACUGGCACUUCAAGGCAAUCCACUAAUACCCCUAAGACUGAGUCCCAUUACCAAGAAAGCAAAUGGAUUUUUUCCAGAUGUUCAACUAUUGCCUGAGAAGGAUCCUGUGGAAGCAGAUAUGGAGAAUCCUUUACCACCUGAAGUAAAAGUUAAGUGCUUUGAUGUGCUAAGAGUUGAAGGUUAUAAUUUGUUAGCAACUGCAAGUGCAAAUGGUGGUAUCAUCGUGUGGGAUUUUGAAUCUGCCAUCGCCAGACACAUAUUCAAAGCUGGCCAGCCUGUUGAAACCCAUGGACCUGACAUACUUGGAAUCAACAUGUUACUGUUCCUCUGUCGAAGUGUUCUUUCCAUGAGGCAACCAAGUCAGUCCUCCACCUACAGUUCAGAGCCUCAGAGUGAUGAAACUCCUACACAGGAUACAGAAGGUGACAGCAGCAACAUAAAGGAAACUGUUAAAAAUGAGCCAUCCAUUGCAGCAAAUAUUCCAGCAGGAAGCCAAGAAUUAGCAAAACUACCAGAUUCACCUAACUUGGAGAACAAGGGAUUACUCAAUGUAUUAGAAGCUGGAGGAGAACCUAAAUACAUACCUGUCCUUGCCUCUGCCCAUGAAGAUGGUUGUGUUUAUCUCUGGACUAUACAGGGAGAUCUACUGAGAGAAAUUUUACCUUUCACAAAACACCCUCCAAUUCCUUUGACAGCUCUGUGUACAGACAUCUCUGCUAAAAUGCUUUUUGCAGCUAACCAAGAGGGGCAUGUAAUACGAUGGAACAUUGGUUCAUUCUUAGAAGACCCAUUGGAUACCAACAAGCAUGUGAAACAACAACUUUGCUGGCGAGCUCAUUCCACCAAAAUAAUCAGCUUGUUCUAUGAUGAAGAAAGGGGGUUAGUAGUGACUGCCUCUACUGAUGCUUCUGUAAGGCUCUGGCAUGGACCCAGUGGACACUACAUUGGCUAUUUUGGGCAGCGACGAUUGUUUGAACUCUCUGAAUCCACAGAUAUAAUUUUGCCUUGUGAUGUGAAUGACCUACCCUUCACAAUAAAAGAAGACAACAAGUAUAUGGAAAAAAAGCAAAAGUUCGAAUAUCCUCUAGUGCUUGAUAGGGAAAAGUGGAAGUCAUUGACUAGAAGCGCUUUAACUUUCAAAAAGCCUGGAGUUCUGGAAGUGGAACAGGAUUUCAAGUUUUUCAAAGCUCUGGCUUCUCCUAAGAUUCACAAAUAUCCUCUGGAAAGUUUUAAGUCUGGAAACAAAGAUAUUGGUAUUGUGUUUGGGUCAAUACCUAUAUAUAGGGUUGUAAGUCCUACAAAGAUGAAACAUUGUCCUACAAGACACUCAGACUCUGACUCUGCUGACAGUAUCACCAAGCGAAGCAGAAUUAUGGCACCUUCUUACACAGUUUCCUAA